AAUAUGAUUUUUUUUAUGUCAAUAGCAGACAACGGUCACCGCUACAUUAUAUUUAAACUUUGGAAUUUCGAAGGUUCAAUUAACACCAGUCGUUGCUUUGCUUCUGAAUUAAUUAAGUGUCACCUUUCAGUGAAAAAUGUCGUUGAAGGAAAAAUUUGAUAUGGCCGUUGAUGUUGUCCAGAGCCUCCCAAAAGAAGGCCCACAAAAACCGACUGAUCAAGUUCGCCUGAAGUUUUAUAGCUAUUAUAAACAGGCAACCAUUGGCAAAUGUAAUACUAGCGGACCUGGAAUGUUCUCAUUGGACCUAGUCGGAAAGGCUAAGUGGAACGCUUGGAAUGGUCUUGGUGAUAUGCCUUCUGAAGAAGCCAUGGCCAAUUAUGUCAUGGAGCUAAAAAAGAUGAUACAAGAAAAUCCUAGCAAGAGCGAAGACGCUGUUCAAGCCAAGAUUGAUAAAUUUAUGUCCAUGGUCUAA